CACAAGUCCACACAGAGGAUCCAAGGUGAGUCCUGCUGUAAACAGAGAGAUGUGAACCUUCUGUCAGUGUGUGAAUACUUCAGACUCUCUCUGAGGGAUCAGAGUCUGAGUCCUGUCUGUGUCCUCCUGCAGGUCUGCUGGAAUGGCUCGCAUGUCUCUUUUCAGGUUCUCCGCUCUGGCUCUGCUGCUGCUGUCUGCCUGCUGUUGGGCUGACAAUGAGGUAGGAUCAGAGUGUAGAGGGACCUGAAGACAGUGACAGCACCAUGUAAAGACUGUAUAUCCAUUUAAUUCUGUUUAAGCAGUUCCAGUUACUGUCAUGUGUCUUUCACUCAGUCCGCAGAGAUUUUCUGUGAUGCUAAAUGAGUAAUAUCAGCAUCUUUAUACAAGUGUUCAUGCAAACAUGCCGUUUGAUAUUUCUUGGAUCAAAAUAUUUCUUCACUAGAAUCUUUGAUUUAUUUUUGUGUAAUUUAACUGAAAACAAAGUUUCAUCACUAAUUUUGUUUGUUUGCUUUUUCCCCACGCUGACCCUUCAGGCAGGUAUGUACUUAGUUUUACCGAUCAUCAGCCUUUUACAUCAGCCUUUACUCUGUUAUGGCAGCUAUGUUUGUAAAAAACUGAAACUGUGAUAUUAUUGCUGCGGUCACAUUGCAGAGGAGGACUCAGGGCUCUCUGUCUCUGAGCUUCUGGAGAGAGCCAACAGUAAUCUGGGUGAGUGUGAGCUGUUUUUCUCCUGAUCGUUUUUUUUUUCAAUCACCAAAACAGGUUUUAAAGUUGCUGUGUGAUGUGUUUCAGUCCGUUCUGUUGAUGAGCCCACCCUGAUCGAAGGGGACAUUGCCAUCGACUCAGAGGCCGAGAGAAACGCUGAUCCCUGCACCAGCCGUGGCUGCAUGUGGGGCAAGUGGACUGAUGGGAAGGUCUACAUCCCUUAUUACAUCACCAACCACUUCUGUAAGUGUCACUAACAGAGACACAGCUCAGACUUUAUAAAUAAACUUUUUACUUAGACUGCAGCUUAUUGCACUUAUGCUAACCAUUAAUUACAACUGCUUGUUCCAAAUAUAGUCUCAACAAAAGUUGCCUAAAAUUAAAACCAUGAUUGAAUGGAUGAAAGUGAAAUGUUCAAGUGCUUGUAAUAAAUGGAAAUCACUUGUACAUUAUCUGUCAUUACAACUACGUUUAAAGCAGUAUUUUUUUUGCACCAUGCUGAUUGUCCAUGUUUCUGGAUAAUCAGUAUUAUCCAAAAACAUGUAUAUAGUAUCCAUGAUAAAGAAAGUUUGAUUUAUUGUGCUGCUCUACAAGUCUGAACAAACUAAUAAAAUAACAAAGAAGUAAAAUGUUUUGUUGUGUGUUGUUGAGGGUAACUGUAAUUAUUAGAUGUCAUUUAACAUAUUUUAAGUCUUCUCCUGAUUUAAUGUUAGUGAUUUUACUUCUUGAAAAUACGAAAUCCAGUAUCUUGAAACCUAAUGAAUAUUUCCUACAAUCCAUCAAAAAAGUCUUAAAAGAAUAGAAAUAUCCUUUUUUUUAAACAACUUAGCGCUGAAUCACUGCUGAUGGAAAAUAUAGAGCUUCUAAUGACACUAUUAUUGUUGAGAUGCGGCUGUAUUUUAGAUGACAUAAUGCUGUAGCUACUGUUCUUGUGGUGUAAGGUAUAAAAGAGUAAGAGUUGUGUGUUGUCAACCCUCCAGCCUCUCGUGAGAAGUCCAUCAUCACCCGUGGACUGGAGUCCUUCUCCUCAUUCUCUUGCAUCCGCUUCAGGCCCAGCAGAAGCAGCGACCGCGACUGGCUGAGCAUUGAGUCCCAGAAUGGGUGAACCAAGAUUUACUGACAGUUUGAGUUACAUCUAAGCUUUCUCGAGCUGCUGUCUAUUUAACUUACCUCUGUGUCUCUGUUCAGCUGCUACUCCUUUGUUGGCCGUCGUGGUGGAAAGCAGGUGGUGUCUCUGGCUCGUCGUGGUUGUCUCUACCAUGGCACCGUCCAGCAUGAGCUGCUCCACGCUCUGGGAUUCAACCAUGAGCAGACCCGCUCUGACAGAGACAACCACAUCAAAGUCCUGCUGCAAAACGUGCAGUCUGGUAAUGAAGCUGUUUUUGUUCAUAGAUCAGAGACUAAAUCCAGUCUAACACAUCCUGAUAGACAGAUUUGUUUCCCUUUCCUAAUUUAUUAAAUUUGUAAUUUAUUUAUUUGUUUAGAAAGUCUGUACUAGUGUCCCCAAUAGAACCUAGUCCCUGCAGUCCUGCAGUGGAAAUUUGCUUUUGAACGCUUGAGGGAAAAGAGCUCUUUGGAAGUAUUUGAGCUCUCUGUUGCCUCCAAGUGGAGAGAAAGUGAACUCAUUUGAAAUUGAGACAAGUUGUGUUAGUUCAUACUUUGAGUAAAAGCUCAGUUUGAGACUCAAUUUUUCUGAAUUUGAAGUCAUCAGUACUCAGCACAGAUACUCCUCUAGCCACAUGACUCCAAACAAACCCUUGUUUAAUUAAUUUAUCAAAUUUUGUUUUUUUAGGAAUGGAGCACAACUUCAGAAAGAUCGCUACCCUGAACCAGGGCACAUCCUACGACUACAACUCUGUCAUGCAGUACCACAAGUGAGUGUAACUAUCCUUACUUCAUCCCUGCUAUUCAUCCUCAGACUUAAAGAGUGCUGCCUGAGUUUAGUCUAACUGCUCUCUGCCCUGCUGUAGGUAUGCUUUCUCCAAGAACAACCAGCCCACCAUGCUCCCCAUCCCCAACUCCAACGUGUCCUUUGGUAACGCUAAGGAGAUGAGCCGCAGUGACAUCGCCAGGCUCAACAAUCUCUACAAGUGCUGUGAGUGUCCAUACACAGGAUAAAUACACACAGUACCUGCAAAGACAGUUUGGUUACAGUCCUCUGCUAAUAACCUCUUUGUUUGUUGUCUCAGAAAAACCCUGUACAGAUGUCCUGGCUGUUCGAUCAGAGGAAAUCAUCUGGGACCAAUGCUGCAACCUGAACUCUGUAGUGAAACUUUUCUUUAUUAUGAAAUAAAGAACACAAACACAAAAA